AUGGGUAUCAAGGGACUGAAUGCUCUAAUAAAUGAGCACUCUCCUAAAGCUUUCAGAAAUGGCGAAAUGAAAACUUUCUUCGGAAGGAAAGUGGCCAUUGACGCAUCAAUGUGCUUGUACCAGUUCUUAAUUGCAGUGAGGCAACAAGAUGGCCAGCAGUUAGCCAACGAAGAAGGAGAAACCACCUCUCACCUAAUGGGGUUCUUUUAUAGGACAAUUCGAAUGGUUGGAUACGGAAUAAAGCCGUGUUACGUCUUUGAUGGGAAACCUCCAGUUCUGAAAGGAGGAGAGUUAGAAAAACGUUUGAAGAGAAGAGAGGAAGCCGAAAAACAGAGAUUGGACAUGAAAGAAACAGGAACCUUGGCUGACAUUGCCAAGUUUGAAAGAAGGACCGUUAGGGUCACACGUGAACAGAAUGACCAAGCUAAGAAGCUGCUUGAAUUGAUGGGAAUCCCCUAUGUAGACGCUCCAUGUGAAGCUGAAGCACAAUGCGCAGAAUUGGCUAAAGGAGGGAAAGUUUAUGCUGCAGCUUCUGAAGAUAUGGAUACGCUAUGUUAUGAAACGCCAUAUUUGUUGAGACACAUGACCACUGCUGAGGCUCGUAAGUUGCCUGUCACUGAAAUUGAUUAUGCUAAGGUUAUGGAAGGUCUUGAAAUGGAGCUUCCCCAGUUCAUAGAUUUAUGUAUACUUUUGGGUUGUGAUUAUUGUGAGACUAUUAAGGGGGUAGGCCCGGUAACAGCGUUUAAACUGAUCAAAGAACAUGGCUCCAUAGAGAAAGUCGUUGAGGCGAUUGAAAAUAAUCCAAAAUCCAAACAAAAAAUUCCUGAAAAUUGGCCAUACAAUGAGGCCAGGGAGCUUUUCUUGCAUCCCGAAGUGAUACCGGCUUCUGAGUGUGAAUUAGAGUGGAAAGAACCAGAUGAAGAAGCAUUGGUAGACUAUAUGGUUCGCCAACAUGGAUUCAGUGAACAAAGAAUAAGGGAUGGCGCAUCCAAACUACGUAAAUCCUUGAAAACGGGCACCCAAGGACGUUUGGACAAAUUCUUUGUGGUUAAGAAAAGACCAGCAGAAGAAAAGAAGGGAAAGAACACAAAGGAAGAGAAACCCAAGAAAAAGAGAAAGUAA